UCGUCCGGCGUACCCGAGGCAGGCUCUGCAGCGGCGAAGCUUCAGGAGGCUGCCGCGUCUGGAGAAGUUUGGCCGAAAAGGUGGGUGAUGCCAAGCACAGCCAUGAAGAAAAAGGUGCUGCUGAUGGGUAAAAGUGGGUCUGGGAAGACCAGCAUGAGAUCCAUUAUCUUUGCAAACUACAUCGCCAGGGACACGCGGCGCCUGGGUGCCACAAUUGAUGUGGAGCACUCCCAUGUCAGAUUUCUAGGAAACCUGGUACUAAACCUGUGGGACUGCGGAGGACAGGACACCUUUAUGGAGAACUACUUCACCAGUCAGCGGGACAACAUCUUCCGCAACGUAGAAGUCCUCAUCUACGUCUUCGAUGUAGAGAGCCGGGAGCUGGAGAAGGACAUGCACUACUACCAGUCGUGCUUGGAGGCCAUCCUUCAGAACUCUCCCGACGCCAAGAUCUUUUGUCUAGUGCACAAGAUGGACUUGGUGCAGGAGGAUCAGCGGGAUUUGAUUUUUAAAGAGCGUGAGGAAGACUUGAAGCGCCUUUCCCGUCCCUUGGAAUGUGUUUGUUUUAGAACUUCCAUCUGGGAUGAAACACUUUACAAGGCUUGGUCCAGUAUAGUCUAUCAGCUGAUCCCCAACGUCCAGCAGCUGGAAAUGAACCUGAGGAACUUUGCUCAGAUCAUCGAGGCAGACGAAGUGCUGCUCUUCGAGAGAGCCACUUUCCUGGUCAUUUCUCACUAUCAAUGCAAAGAACAGCGGGACGUCCACAGAUUUGAGAAAAUCAGCAACAUUAUUAAACAAUUCAAGCUAAGUUGCAGUAAGCUGGCGGCUUCUUUCCAGAGCAUGGAGGUCAGGAACUCUAACUUUGCUGCUUUCAUUGACAUCUUCACAUCAAACACAUACGUGAUGGUGGUUAUGUCAGACCCUUCCAUACCUUCUGCGGCGACGCUGAUCAACAUCCGCAAUGCCAGAAAGCACUUUGAGAAGCUGGAGAGAGUGGACGGACCAAAGCACAGCCUGCUGAUGCGCUGAGCCUCGGCCGGGGCGCCGCGGGGCUUUUCGGGGGGAGAAAAAAUGAAUUGGAACUACUUAUUUUUUAGGAGCAUCUAACAAAUGUCGGUGUCUUUGUUGGGCUUUGAAAUGAGUGUGUGCUGCUUUAUUUUUUCUCCUUUUAACGUUGGACACUAGUCACUGGGAGGAUGUCUUCGGAUCCACUGCGGAGCUUCGCAAAGGGACUUCCCUGGCGGAGGUGGGGUUGGGGAGGAGCAGGGACAGGUGACCACGUGCUCCUGGUCUCCUGCUCCUUGGUUGUGGUGGUGGCACGUGGCACCACCAGCUUGGAUGUUCCGCUGCCGGGUGACGGCGUGUAAAGUUCACAGGAAUUGGAAUAUUUACUGUUUUAUUGGUCGGUUGCUUAGAAUAUGUUUAUAAAUUUCUCCUUGUCUUCAGUCAUGAAAAAUAAAUUUUUGCUACCAGGGAUUUCGGAUCCUAGA